AUGCCCGAGUCUGUGCAUGAACUUGAUCCAGACCGAGCCUUCCGCGAAUCUUUAUUCGAUGCACUGGGCGACGAUGAGGGAGCAAACUUCUGGGAGGGUGUUUAUGGCCAACCCAUCCACAACAUUCCCAAUCAAUAUGUGGACGCAGAGACUGGUGAGUUAGAGACCAUGAAUGACGAAGAAUACGCGCAGUACGUACGACGAAAGAUGUGGGAGAAGAGUCGCGAAGGUAUUGAGGCGGCAAGAGAAGAGAGAAGACAGGCGAAAGCAAGGGACAAGGCGCAGCGGGAGGAAGAUCGCAAAAACGCAGAUCACCAAAACCCGACAGCCGAGGGGCCCUACAACAAUGUCUUGUUCGACUUCGAGAUCGAGGCAAGCCUACGUCGUGGGCAAUGGCGAAAAGAUCAAAAGAAAUGGAGGGAGCUGUGGAGGGAUUAUCUUCAGCACUGGGACGAUCUACAGGCCAUGGCCAAGAAUCAUAAGCCGGAGGUCACUCAGGAGAACAUAUUCCUCCGCAACAAGAUCGCCUGGCCAGUCGAGUCGGGGAAGCGGACGGACGUCACGCCGGAGGAGAUCGAGCGGUUCAUCAACAUGGCAUCCGGAGCCGCCGCACCAGAUGCCGAAACCAAAGCCAAUACUCUGGCAGCAGCUGUCAAGUCGGAAAGAGUACGAUGGCAUCCGGACAAGAUUCAGCAGCGUUAUGGCUUCAUGGAGAUUGAUGAGACCACGAUGAGAGGAGUGACCGCGACGUUUCAAGUUCUCGACAAGAUGUGGAACGACUUGCGAAGUCUUCAUCGAUGA